CAUAAAACCCACCCCAGCAUCACACCUCAGCUGAGAGUCCACCUACAGCCGGUCAGACAUGGCGAGUAAAAAGGCCUCCAAAAAGGGACAGAGAGGAGCUCAGAAGUCCUGCUCCAAUGUGUUCUCCAUGUUUGAGCAGUCACAGAUACAGGAGUUCAAGGAGGCGUUUGGCUGCAUCGAUCAGGACAGAGAUGGUGUCAUCAAAAAGCAGGACCUGAAGGAGACCUACGCUCAGCUAGGGAAACUCAAUGUCCAGGACGAGGAGCUGGAAGCGAUGCUGAAUGAAGGGAAAGGUCCCAUCAACUUCACUGUGUUUCUGACACUUUUUGGUGAAAAACUCAACGGUACCGAUCCUGAAGACACCAUACUUGCUGCUUUCAAACCUUUUGACCCCAAAGGGACAGGUUUUGUGAAUAAGGAUGAGUUUAAGCGAUUACUGAUGAACCAAGCUGACAAAUUCACAGCAGAAGAGGUGGAUCAGGCUUUCACUCUUGCACCGAUCGACCCACUGGGCAACAUCGACUACAAGCAGCUCUGCUACAUCAUCACACACGGAGAUGAGAAGGAAGAGUCCUGAAAUUCAGCUAAACGCAUUCAAGACUGUUUCAAAUCUGCAGCUUUUAUAUGGCUAUAUAAAUAAAUAGUGACAUUUCUGAUGCACACAAAAAAAUUGCAAAGAUUUCUGCUGAAUGUGAGAACAUUGUUAGUGUGAAUAAAGUGUUGGACUCAUGAAAGGU